UCACGCCUUUCCGGCCUACAGCCCCUCGCAAGCGCGGGACCUUCGCGUCAGGCUCCGCCCUCCUCUCAGUGGAUUAAGCAGAAGUGCGAGCAGGCUGCUGGGUGAAUCGGCGGUAGCCUCUGCCCCGUCAGUUGUCUCCGUUCAGGCCGGAUUCUCGCGCCCCUGAGAGCCAUGCUGAGGAGCUGCGCGGCGCGCCUGCACGCGCUCGGGGCCCUGCGCGGUCUGCCGGGCGCCGCGCGCCCGCCGGCGAGGAGCCCAGGACCCGCGCGGCGGUCAUUGUUUCUUGAGGCAGACUUUCAUAAGGACUCUUCUCUCCCCAAACCCAGCUGGAGCAAGGACAUGAGACUCCUCUUUGACCAGUUCAUGAAGAAAUGUGAAGAUGGCUCCUGGACACGUUUGCCUUUCUAUAGUUAUAAAGCAGUUCAAAAUGUUCAUGACUUCAUAGCCUUUAUUCAUGGUUCUUUACCUUCAACUGCAAAACUUGUAGACAAAGAACAACUGUCACAGGCCCAGAUCUUCACCGAGAGCUUUAAGGAUGGCCUGGGCUUUGAAUAUGUGAUGUUCUAUAAUGAUGCUGAGAAAAGGACAGUUUGCUUGUUUCAAGGAGGCCCUCACCUGCAAGGAAUGCCUGGAUUCCUUCAUGGAGGUGCUGUUGCAACCAUGAUUGAUGCUACUGUUGGUAUGUCUGCAAUAAAAGCUGAAGGACUUGUCAUGACUGCCAAUCUCAACAUCAAUUUUAAAAGACCUGUCCCCCUUUGUUCUGUUGUUGUGAUCAAUAGCCACCUUGAUAAAACUGAAGGAAGAAAACUGUUUAUUUCCUGUGAUGUUCGGAGUGUUGAUGAGACUACCCUGUACUCAGAGGCAACAAGUUUAUUUAUAAAACUGGAUCCUGAAAAAAACUCUUGAUGUGGAAAGAGCUUCUGAUAAGUUUCACUCCACCUGCAUAAGGCUCUCCUUCCUCCAGAAGAAAAUGUGGCCCCAGUCCUGCUCCACUCACCCGCUGUUGAGCACCCCCAUAGAGUGAAGCCAACUAAUACUGCCUUUCUGAACAGUCUUCUGAAUACAACUCCAGGAACUCUAUUGCUACCUUGUAAACUUUUAAACAUAAAAACACUUCCGGUGAGAGUAUCAGCAAUUUUUUGUGUGUCCACCUUAGAAUAAGUGGUUUUCCUGAAAUUUGAAUGGGCUCUCCCUAAGGUGAUAUCUGCAAACUUGGACAUGCCAGAAAAACUAAAGAAGUAACACAUAUGUGGGUGCAUAGAUGCAUGUGUGUGUAAUAUGUACAUGUGUGCAUUCAUGAUUGAUAAAUUACAAAGCUAA